AUGAUUCAACGAUCACACCAUUACCGGCGAAACCACCUCCACGCUGUUCCCCCGGCGACCUCCGGGAGGGCGCUAGCGCUUCAUACAUUUCCUCCGGAGAGUCGCACCGGCGAGCUCGUCCGCAGGCGCGGCGGCCUCAUCUCCUUCCCCAUGAAGCUUUGGCAGCCGCCGGAGACCCACCGCCGGAUGACGAAGCUCCUUCUAAACGUGACGAUCGAGAGGAGCUUAGGGCCUGUGCAGGUGGUAAUGUCGCCGGAGAACACCGUCAGCGAUUUGAUUAAGGCGGCCGUAGAGAUUUACGUGAGGGAGAAGAGAAGGCCUUUGGUGAAGGAGACCGAUCCGCACCGUUUCGAGCUUCACUACUCGCAGUUCAGCUUGGAAAGUCUGAAGGGAGAUGAGAAGUUGAUAAAGUUGGGGUCUAGGAAUUUCUUUUUGUGCUGCUCAAAGUCAAAGCCCUCUGCCAAUCAUUCUAAUUGCUGCGGGGAGGCAACGAAGGCAACCAGGAAUUCUCCAUUUCCUUGGGCAAAGUUUAUGGAUUUCUUGCUGUAA